AUGCCUCGUAGUCGCCAGCGCUUCGCACCGAAUCAGGACUACCUCCUGGUAGUGCAGGUCAAUACCGACCAGCCCUUCCGUGCCCCGAAUGGAGGGCUGAUGGCUGGAUGGGAGAAGGUCGCCACGACCCUCAACGGCUGCAGCGCUUUCAAGACGCACCAUCUCAAGGGACCCAUCGCCAAGAACCGCUUUGAGCGUCUCGUUGGUCGCCAUCGCAGCUGGAUCAAGAGCGGAAGCAAACCGGAAGAUGCACCGUCUGACGACGCCGCUUUCCAGAGCGUUAUGAUGCAGAUCAUACCCAAAUUGGACGCUGCGGAAGCAGAACCAGUGACUCAGACGUUGGGGAAGCGUGGACGGCCUCGGAAGGUCCAGUCGACCGGGGCUCUGGAUCCUGUAGUGAAAAAACUGUCAAAGGAACCUUCACAUGUGGCGAUUGCUCCGUCGCUGUUAGGUCCGCAGCCUCCUCCAUCUACCUCUCUCCUCGUUGGCUCGGAGGACCAGGCGUUGCCCAUUGUGACAAAGGCUACCCGCCAACGGUUCACGCCUCGUGAUGACCUCUUGCUUGCUAAGUACGUGAAGCAGUCGCUGCCUUUUCGUGCUAAGUUUGGUGCGAUUUCGGCGGCUUGGGAUGAUGUGGCGACCAAACUGGACACUAACCCGGAAUUUUCAAAGGACAGCAUUAAAGGCCCAGUUGUGCGCUACCGCUUCGAGAACCUUGUGUCAAAGUACCGUGAGCGCGUCAAACGGAACAAUGGACGUGUUGUGGGAUCAAAAGGUACCCCAGCAGGUGAACUUGAAGUGCUUAUGACGGAAUUGGUGACUUUACUGGAGGGGGGGAACCCUGCAAGUGCUGCUCUUUUGGCACAAAACGUCGCAAUUGUCGCGAAAUCGGGUAAUGCAGUACCAGAACGGAACGUGUAUCGUACGUCAAGAAGCCACGAUUCAACCAGCACUCAUAGCGACUUAUCUUCGCUGAGCUCCACGGUCUCCGAAGUGUCACCUGUUGCACCCCGGACCAUCAUCGCCCAAAACAUGUACGAUUUACAGCCCACGAGUCCUCUAACGUCGACGAAUAAAGCGACGAAGCCAGCAGUGGUGAACGCUAUUAGCCCUACUAGCAUCGCUGAAUUUGAGACUCUUCUUCAAAAAUUGUUCGAGCACCAGAAUCGGGCCGUCGAGCAAAUGGUGUUGCUUCAGCGCGAAGACCGGCGCCUGGAGGCGGAACGGCGAGAGCGGGAGCUCGAUCUUGAGCGUAAGGAGCGCAAGCUGGAGCGUGAAGAGCGAGAAAAGGAGCGUCAGGUGCGCAAACAGGAGCGAGAACUGCGUGAGAAAGAGCUCGAAGAGGAACGUGAAUUGCGCGAGAAGGAGCUGGAAAGGGAGCGCGAGGUGCGCGAAAAGGAGCGAGAACUGCGUGAGAAGGAGCUUAAAUUGGAGCGUGAAUUGCGCGAGAAGGAGCUGGAAAGGGGGCGUGAAUUGCGUGAGAAGGAGCUUGAAAAGGAGCGUGAACUGCGCGAAACGGAGCGUGAAAAGGAGCGCGAGGAGCGCGAGAAGGAGCGUGAGAAAGACCGACAGGUGCUUACCACUACAGUGCUGUCAGCCAUGAAGGCUUUUAUGGAGCAGAGCAAUCGCCAGACCGCUGAUGGACAAUGA